UCACAUCUACUGCUGAACUUUCGCGGAAGAAAGCAAGGUGUUGGAACAAAGUGACAGAAGUGGCAAGUGGGUUAUCUUCCAAAAAGUAGCCCAGCAAUGUCGACUCUGACACAGAACCAGUAAAUGUAGGCAAAUACCCAAACCGUGAGGGAGAAAUCUUCAUUAAAAAAAAAAUAAUCAACGGAAAAAGGAUUUCAUCUCCAGUUGGUUCCUACAUUGGGAAAUUGGACACGAGACAAGAAACAUUUGCCUCAGAAUAGGUUCACGUUUCCGACUACUGACCAACUUCAAUGAAAGAUGUCCCUAAACACAAUUGCAGCUUGCCAUGUCGUCAUAACCAGGGUUCAAUUUCAUCCAUUUUCAUUUUCCACAAACAUCAAGUAAGAACGACCCCGGAAUAUUUUCUGGUACGUUUUGAGUGCAGUGCAAGAAGCCAAGAACCACAGAGUUGAGAUCCUGCCUUUAACUAAUGAAAGGGUGUCGGUUACUAAAAAGAACGCGCGAACAAGAAUCGACGGUGAUGAUGAUGAACUAGUCACGAUAGGUGAUACAAACCUUGAAAAAAAGUCAGAUUUGCAUACUCAUCCCGAUGUUGCCCAAGAAUGAGACCUUAAGGGCUGAAGAACCAACCAGCUCAACAUGAGGCGGCAUGGCAGUGUAGUAGGUGAUUUUAACGAUGGGAUGAUAUCCCUGACCUGUUUCAGCUAGAAUGAAGUUUGGUCCUUCACGGGCUGAAAAGGUCCUGCAAUAGCAACAAGUCUUUCAUUAAGAUAUUUUGCGCCUACGUCAAGUUCAACGAACGCGUGUCUGUAGACAAUGGGCUACUCAAAAAGCAAGAAAAAAGUAGACUUCCAAGAACCCUUCUUGAUGCACUCGCAACGGUGCCUUGUGCGUUAAUUUUCAACCAGCCACAAUACCGCAUGUGUCUACCCCGAUUCCGCUGUCGCGUUGACACGACGUCAACGCCCGAAUAAUUUUCGUUGAUAGUAUCGGUUACGUGUGUUUAGAUAUACGUGCCGUAAGUAGAACAGUGUGCUCACUUCCAAGCCUUUAACACACGGUAAAAAAUGGUAAAAGUUUAUGAUUUUACAAGCACACGGUGUAUAUAGACCGAUGUAUGCUAUACCAUAUAAUAUUACAUAUGGACCCUUAGCGUACUAGAAGAAGAACGAUGAGACUUGAAUAGUCUUAUCUACAAAACCCAUGCCGCCGAUGGAUACUAUACACACAGGUAACUGCUGGAGGCCAUACGAAACUCUGGAGUAUAGUCGUAUCGACGAAGAAGAAAAGGAACGAUUGAGGAAUAGAGAGAAUGAAAGAAAACGAAAGAGGAUGAAGAAGAAAAGAGAAACUGAAGAGGUUUGGCUUCUAUAUACGUGUAGCUAGCAAGGAUGUACAACAUAUCCACGCAUGCUGAUGAAUAAGACCGCUCAGAGUGCAUCUAGCGGUCCUAGUUCGCGCUCACGCUACACACAGAGCCCAGUGAGGACAAAUCUUGUUUUUCUGUGCUACAGUUUUUCUUGAAAUUACGCACCCGAAUUGUGACGUUUGACGCGUGCCCUUCUUUUGGAAUUCGUGCAGCUUUACGAAACAAAAAGGAAAAGAGAGAAUCAAUCAAACCGAAAGAGAUGGUUAAGAAAAGUAGCGGAAAAGGACCUGUCCCAGAAGAAGAUGGCCAGCGCACGGCUCGAGAAUUUGGAAGAAGCAACACGGCCUUCGAAGAGGAUGAAAACAAUUUUUCUUCAAGCCCCGUUCGGACUCCAGCGAAAGUUCGUCAACGCCAACAAGUCCGUUCUGGCGAAGCGCUUGCCAACGAGUUCAACAAUGCCGCUUUCGAACAGGACGAUGACCAGCAAUCCAUCACUCCACCACCGCCAUAUCCCUGCGAGGCUGCCACUCCCGAUGAACAGGUGUCGCCAAUGGCAAUGGAGGAUGCAAAAACCACCGAAAGAGAAACAUGGGGCAGUCCAUUAGAAUUUUUGCUUUCCUGCAUCGCAAUGUCUGUCGGUUUAGGCAACGUUUGGCGUUUUCCUUACACGGCAUACAAGAAUGGCGGCGGCGCGUUCCUCAUUCCUUACGUCAUCGUGCUGCUCUUUAUUGGCAAGCCACUAUACUUUUUGGAAAUGGCCAUGGGUCAGUUCUCCAGCUAUGGAUCCGUCAAGGUCUGGGAGGUCGUCCCCAUUCUUAAAGGUGUGGGUUACGGACAAGCUCUGGCAACGUGGUUCGUCGUGACCUAUUACUGCGUCCUCAUCGCCAUCACGCUCUUCUACUUUUUCUCGUCAUUCCAGGCUGUUCUGCCAUGGACGGUGUGCGACAUGAGUUGGAUGUCUGCCGACAAUUGCUACAACAGCAGUGCAGAUACCAACUUGACAUCGUUCAACAUUUCCGGACUCAAAUCAUCGUCUGACCUUUACUUCAAUGAGGAAGUAAUCAAGAAAAUUGACUCGAUCGACGAUGGAAUCGGUUCGCCCGAUUGGAAACUGUCCCUGUGUCUUCUGCUGGCAUGGAUUCUCAUUUGUGCCAUCCUCAUGAAAGGCGUGGCAUCAUCAGGCAAAGUGGCUUACUUCACUGCUCUUUUCCCGUACGUUGUCCUGAUUACGUUGCUCGUUCGGGGCGUGACUUUGGAAGGAGCAUCCGAUGGCAUCCUCUACUUUAUACGACCCGAAUGGUCUAAACUUCUCGAUGUAAACACGUGGUAUGCAGCCGUAACGCAGUGCUUUUUCUCGCUAUCGGUGGGCUUUGGUCCGAUCGUCAUGUUUUCCAGCUACAAUCCGUUCCGACACAAUAUUUAUAGGGACGCCGUAAUCAUCAGUUUGAUGGAUACGUUCACGAGUUUCCUUGCCGGCAUCACCAUUUUUUCAAUUCUGGGUAAUCUUGCUCACGAAUCUGGUAAAAACGUGACGGACGUCGUCUCGGCUGGAACCGGUUUGGCAUUCGUUAGUUAUCCCGAUGCAAUCGCUAAAUUCCAAUACGUCCCUCAAUUCUUUGCCGUCAUGUUCUUCCUGAUGUUACUCACGCUCGGCAUCGGGAGUGCCGUGUCGCUGACAGGCUGCGUCGUCACAAUCCUUUGUGAUGAUUUCCCUCACUGGAAGAGAUGGCUCGUCGUUACCGUCAUUUGUCUCAUCGGUUUCGUUUCGGGAUUGGUCUACAUCACUCCCGGUGGUUUGAUCAUAUUGGAUAUCGUCGAUUACUUUGGCGGUGGUUUCAUCAUUUUCCUGAUGGCCACUAUUGAAACUAUUGGCAUUUGUUGGAUCUACGGUCUCAACCGAUUCGUGCGUGACAUUGAGUUCAUGCUGGGUAUUAAACUGAACGCUUACUGGAAGAUCACCUGGGCCUAUAUCAUACCUACCGUGUUGGUCUUCAUCUUUUGUUAUGCGAUGGCAACGUAUACGCCGUUGAAAGAAGGCGAUUACGUCUACCCUGCGGCUGCUACAGGUGCUGGAUGGGUCCUAGCGGCAAUUGCCAUCCUGCAAGUUCCCUUAUGGGCAGCCAUCGCAAUCUACCGACAAAAGAAUUGUAACAGUUUCUUCGAGCGGAUUAAGAGCAGCUUGAAAGAGACGGAUCAUUGGGGACCCAAGAAUCCUGCACAUCGUCUCGAAUGGAAGAAAUUCCAGCUAGAAAAGCCUCAUCAUCACACGAGCUAUUCCGCACGGCUGUGGUAUCCCAAAGUUCCGUCUCGAAUGACGUACGACGUGUCCACGUUGUCGGUGAGCAACAACAAUCCCCUGCCGGCCAAAGAAGCGGGUCAUCAACGCCAGAAAGUGACUUCGGCUCCUCAUUCGCGCUCAACAUUCGAAAAUGAAAUCGCGGAUUAAAAAGCGACAGCUGGUGCAACAUCCGCACAAUGUCGAAUCCUUUUUUAAAUUUUUCAAAGAAACGAAAACCUUUGUUAUUCGUGUGUCCUUGUUCUUUCAUUUCAUCAUGGACUAUUGUACAGUUAAUGUCCUUGAUCGUUUAUAACUAUACACAGAAAUUAGCGGA